AUGAUUUCCUUGUUCCAGUUCAAACUAGGCCGAAAAGCUGCCGAGACAGCUCGUGAUAUCAGCCCACCAUUAUUUUUUACUGUUGACUUAUUAUCUAUCUAUCUAUCUAUCUAUCUAUCUAUCUAUCAUAGUCAUUUGGAUCUAUCUAUCUAUCUCAGUCUGUUUUUUCUUUCUAUCUAUCUAUCUAUCUAUCUCAAUUUGUUUAGAUCUAUCUAUUCAUCUAUCUAUCUCAAUUUGUUUAGAUCUAUCUAUUCAUCUAUCUAUCUCAGUUUGUUUAGAUCUAUCUAUCUAUCUAUAUCUAUCUAUCUAUCUAUCUAUCUAUCUAUCUCAGUCUGUUUAGAUAUAUCUAUCUAUCUAUCUCAGUCUGUUUAUUUCUGUCUUUCUUUCUUUCUUUCUUCCUUUCUAUCUAUCUAUCUAUUCAUAGCUAACCAAUUCAAAUUUAUAUAUGCUCGCUUUUUAUCUAUCUAUCUAUCUAUCUAUCUAUCUAUCUAUCUAUCUAUCUCAGUCUUUUUUAGAUCUAUCUAUCUGUCUCCCACAAUCUUUGUAGAUCUAUCUAUCUAUCUAUCUAUCUAUCUAUCUAUCUAUCUAUCUAUCUAUCUAUCUAUCUAUCUCAGUAUUUUAGCUGUAUCUAUCUAUUUAUCUAUCUCAACUGAUUGUAUAUCUAUCUAUCUAUCUAUCUAUCUAUCUAUCUAUCUAUCUAUCAUCUAUCUAUCUAUCUGUCAUUGCCUGCCAAUUGCAGGUGGUCGGCUGCUGGUAUCGAUUGGUGACUUUCUGUCCCUGACUUCUCGAUAA